AUGGAUUUUCUACUCCAAUAUGCUGGACAGACAUGGAAGUCCAUGUUCCAGCCUCAAGUCCCUGUGCAGAGUAACCCUACUGGACAUCUUCACCUUCGACGAGACACAACUCCUGCAAUAUGCUACGAUGACUGCAACAACGCCUACAAGAUUGGUCUCUCGGAUGGAGACAAGACUGAUAGACUAUGUGCCGAGAACGGCUCCUUCAUGCAGGUCUACAACAUCUGCAUAGACUGCGUAAAGGAAAACAGCGAUUCAACCAAAGACACCGUAAACGCCGACAUCCAAAACGAGUUCAAGCAGUUUCUCGGCAAGUGCAAAGAUACUGAGAGUGCAUCCACCAUAGCACCCAACAAGAAUGUCAUACAGACAACCUCGUGUGCUGGGUGCGCUACCACGGUCUUGACCGAUUACACUGGAGGGGUUAUCACAGUCGUUUUGGGUACUAAGACAGGAGCGGCGACAGCAUCUUUAAGCAACUUUUUCACGGUGACACGCACCCUCAAGGUCACUCAGACAGCAGACCCGGGCUCUGAGUCAAAUGACAACUCUUCAAAUACCAACAUACCCAUCGUCGUCGGAUCAGUCAUCCCAUCCUUUGUCUUCCUCGCAUGCGCUGCCUUCUUUGGCAUCUGGUGGUGGAAGCGACGACAGAAGCAGCCCAAGGAGUCGAAACUCGCCUACGUCGAGGGUGGCAGCUCAGAAAAGCCAGAAAUCGAGUACAAAGCACAGCUACCCUCAGACUGCGUUCCUCGUCCUACGUAUGAGCUAGAAGGGUCAGCGCCAAUAGCUCCAGGCUCUUCUUCAUCCGACACGGCUGUUGAAGCUGAGAUGCCGGCGAAUGAAGUGCCUGCUCAGGAGAUGCCAACCGAGGUGAACAGUCUAAGACACUAG